AUGGCUCCAAAUAAGGCUUCCUGGGUGCACCGCUGGCUCCCUGAGGUGGCCAGACCCUAUGCGCUGCUCGUCCGUCUGGACAAGCCCAUCGGCAACUGGCUCAUCUUAUGGCCAUGUUUUUGGUCAAUCACAAUAGCAACACCGAAAGGGGAGGUCCCAGACAUGAAGAUGCUGGCACUCUUUGGAUGUGGAUCACAGUAA